AAUGAAGAGUAGCAUCUUUAAUGUAAAAAAUUAGAAGAUUGCUAAAUCAGUUACUCUUCUUUAAUAAAGUUUUGCUUAACAAAUUAAUUUAAAAUACUGUGGUUAAAUCUGUACAAUAUAUGAUGGAAAGUUAAUUUCAUAUUCUUAGCUAUAAAAGAUCAUUAAUUUCAUUUAAUCUAAAUCGAAUAAAAAAGUAAAAAACUUUACACAAAUAUAUUUGGGGUCAAGAGAUGGAUUGUCUGCUUACGCUUAUUGGAAUAAAGUAAAUAAUAAAUCAGAUUUAAUAAUUAUAUUCAAAUCUAAAAGUGGUAAUAUUUUUGGUGGGUUUUCUCCUUGUAAAUGGCAAUAUUAUUAAGGUUAUGUUUAAGAUAAUACAUUGUCAUCAUUUUUAUUUUCAUAGACUCACGAUUAAAUAUAUCCAUUAAAAGAAGCAAAUAAAGCACAGGCUAUCUAUAGUAAUUAAUCAUAUGGGGCCUAUUUUUGGAGGUGGUAACGAUAUAUGUAUUGAUAAUACUUUUCAAGGUCAUUCUUCUAAUUUAGGCAUUCAUAUUAAUGCGAUUAAUAUUAGAAUAUUAUAACAACACUCAUUUAUUUGGUUAAGAAAC